GCUGGUUUGUGUGUAGAUGUUAUGGCCGUCGCGAUGCAGACGGAGGACUUUCCUUACUUACCUUCGGGUCUGGCGGAGGUAAAUAAGAUGAUAAAGGAGCACGGUGACCUGUUUUCUGACUCCCAGUGUAAAGUCUGCAGCGCUGUCCUCAAUUCUGAGUCUCAGAAGUUGACUCAUUAUCAGAGCAAGAAACAUGCCAACAAAGUGCGACGUUAUCUUUCGAACCCAAACGAAAAGGAGCCAGUGUCCAAAAAGUUAAAGACGACAUCUGAAAGUGAGGACUGUAACAACAGAGAUCGCUAUAAGGCGUGUCAUAUAUGUAACAUGACAUUCUCUGCUCCUGUGGUGGCUGAGUCUCACUACAACGGUAAAGUUCAUGCCAAGAACCUGAGGUUGAAGGCAGUAGGUCCCCAGCCCCCAGCAGUCGCCUCCCAAACUGCACCAACGGCUCAGCCCAAGAAGAAACCUGCAGAUGAUUCGAUCGCUGUGGUGGCAACGGGCGGCGGCAACAACAAUGACCGUUUUUGCUCCAUCUGCCAGGCCUCCUUCAACAACCCACUCAUAGCCCCGCAGCACUACGUGGGCAAGAAGCAUCGAAAACAGAUGACCAAGCUCAAACUGAUGGAGACGUAUGGUCCCUCCACAGCACCAGGUUCCACACUAAAGGGCUACCCAUGUACUGUCUGCAAGAUUGAACUAAACUCGGUGGAGCAGUACCAGUCUCAUAUCACUGGUGCAAAACAUAAGAACCAAAUAAAGAAGUCAGGCCUGAACACUACAGAGAAACAACAAGCAGUAGAACAAUCACAAGGAGGCAACAACCAGGUCUCCAGCGGAGAUGGAGACCAAUGCACUGCUGAAGAUGACCAGUUUGCCCCCGUGGACGACCAGUAUGCCGCUGGAAAUGAUCAGUAUGCUGCUGGAAAUGAUCAGUAUGCCGCUGGAGAUUACCAUUAUGCCGUCGGGGAUGACCAGUACACAGGCGAAGUAAACCAGUAUACCCCUGAGGACACGCAGUACUCAGAGGAAUACCAGUUCACCUGAGGCUGGACUGGGUCAGGACUGCUGAGGUUUCAGUCAGGACUUGGAAUGACACACAGCAACCAGCCCCUUUAACACAUUAACCAACCAUCACCAUCCACAGACCUCCAGCUCCAGUCUCUUCUCAGUAGGUUUUCACCGGGAGAGUCAUCUAAACCGUGGGUUUGAUUCCUGGAAUUACCCCGUAGUAUUAAGUCCUUGUGCAUUUUCAGCUGGAACGGUUGAAGAAAGUUUUUUUUUUGUAUUGUUUUCUCAUAAUGAAAAAAGUUUGUGGUACAAUGAUGGUAAGAAGUUCCACCCUUCAUCAUGUGAUACAGGGCUCAGAAGUGAUGUAGCUCCACUUACAGUCACAAUGAAGAAUGUAUGUGAGGGUUUAUCUUCUGACUGAAAACAAUUCUGCAUUUGUACAUUAUGUCUGAGUAUCAUCUGAAAUAUGUCAAUACUGAUGCUGUUUUUAUUUUCAGCACUUCAGUGCUGCUGUCAGACACAUU